UCCUAACAGAACACGCACGUUAUACACGCGUAGGCUAUUAUUUUGGUAACCCAUACACAGACAUAUUUUGUUUUUUUUAUUUUGGAUGGUUUAAAAUUGCAAUAAAUGUGAAUUAAAAAUGGUGACUAACGCUCAGUGGUUGUUGGUGAUUGGAAUAACCGCAUUGCAAUUUUCUGUAUCGAAAACUCAGCGGGAGAACCUUAUAGGCGACGAACGUGAGAAGCCUCAAACCGCUCGCGAUGUCUUCAAUACAACUUCCUGUAUUCCUCCUCCGUAUAGAUGUCCCCACCCGAGAAUGCAGUUUUUCUUAUAUACAAGAACAACUCAGGAAAAAGGUGAACUGAUCAACACUCUCGAUAACGACUCGCUAAAAUAUUCUAAAUUCAAUCCUAAGCACCCGACAAAAAUUGUAGUCCAUGGAUUUGGUGGAGGCAGGAAUCUAUCACCGAGCACUGAUAUGAGAAACGCAUAUUUCAAAAGAGGGAAUUAUAAUAUAUUUAUUGUCGACUACGGGUCCUUGGUUAAGGAGCCUUGUCUUAGUCAGUUAGAAUGGGCUCCACGGUUUGCAAGUCUCUGCAUUGCACAGUUAGUAGAAUAUGUGCAGUACCACCCAAGUAAAGGAAUUCCUCCAGAGAAAAUACAUACUAUUGGAUACAGUGUUGGUGCCCAUAUUCUAGGCCUUGUAGCUAACCACAUUACAGAAGGAAAACUAGGAAGGAUUACAGGUUUAGACCCAACAAUAUUUUUCUACAUGGGAAAUAAUCGUUCGCGAGAUUUAGAUUAUACUGACGCUGAAUUUGUGGAUAUUUUUCACACUGGUGCAGGCAUUCUUGGUCAAUGGGGUCCGAAUGGACAUGCCGACUUCUAUGUCAACGGAGGGUCCAGCCAACCUGGCUGUGCUCAUGAUACUAUUUUUCAAACCCUAUCUUGUGACCAUACUAAAGUAACGCCGUACUUCAUAGAGUCAAUCAACAGCCGUACUGGUUUCUGGGCUGGACCAUGUCCCAGUCUUUUUUCCUACCUCAUAGGCUGGUGCGAGCCCAAAGACACUGAGUAUGUACUGAUGGGUGAACAUGUUACGCAUAAAGCACGCGGUGUGUACUACGUCACGACGAAUGCAAAGCCACCUUAUGCCAGAGGAUUCCCCGGAAAAGGCCGAAGAGUCAGAUCCUUAAUACCAUAUAGAUAACUGUGAUACUAAUGUUAACUUAACUUGCCUCUAACUCAGAGUUACCUUUUGUACCUACCUCAAAAUUGUUACAAAGUGUGCUUCGGUGUAAAUUUUAUAUGUGGUAAAUUACUGUCUGUAAAAUACUAUUUUGUUAUUAGUGCCAUCUCGUAAUAGUUCGGUAAACGUUGCAGAAGUCGCAAGCCUGAACGAAACCCAGAAGUUUCUUUUUGUACUUAAUAGAUGGCGUUGAAUUAAAAACAAGAAUAUGUAUGCUUGGCUUCCAUUUUUGUUUCUCAGUUGUACGUCUUAACAGUUUUAUAUAAUCACAUAAAAUUUAUUAAAAUUUUAUCUAACAAUUUACGCAAUGCAAUAAUAGUAGUAGUUAGUUUUAUAUGAAGAAAAAAAUGUAUACAUUCGUGAAUAAUUUAAAUGAUGGGUAGGAAUUAAUAAAAAUAUUUUCUCUCCACACUGACGAGUAUUAUUUGAUUCGUUUC